UCCGGUGUCUUCUGGGACACAUGAAAGGUCCCAGAAGGCGCCGGGCCAUUCACAAAGUGCAGCGCUUCUCGCACAUGCGCAGUCAGCAGUCUCUGGUCAUUCCCUGCACUGUCUGCAGUCUCUGGUCAUCUCCUGUACUGUCUGCAGUCUCUGGUCAUUCCCUGCACUGUCCGCAGUCUCUGGCAUUCCCUGCACUGUCCGCAGUCUCUGGUCAUCCCCUGCACUGUGUCCGCAGUCUCUGGUCAUCCCUGCACUGUGUCCGCAGUCUCUGGUCAUCGCCUGCACUGUGUCCGCCCCUGGUCAUCUCCUGCACUGUGUCCGCAGACUCUGGUCAUCCCCUGCACUGUGUCCGCAGUCUCUGGUCAUCCCCUGCACUGUGUCCGCAGUCUCCCAUCUCCUGCACUGUGUCCGCAGUCUCUGGUCAUCUCCUGUACUGUGUCCGCAGUCUCUGGUCAUCUCCUGUACUGUGUCCGCAGUCUCUGGUCAUCUCCUGUACUGUGUCCGCAGUCUCUGGUCAUCUCCUGUACUGUGUCCGCAGUCUCUGGUCAUCUCCUGUACUGUGUCCGCAGUCUCUGGUCAUCCCC